AUGAACACGUGAGUUAGCAAUUACCAACGGCAUCCCAAUACCGUUCUUUCGGUGGAGAUAUCAAAAAGUUGUCAACUGAUGAAAUGUGUACAAUGUUUAAUGAGCAGUUUCUUAGUUGACAACGUUUUGAUAUCUCCACCGAAAGAACGGUAUUGGGGUGCAGCUGAGAUAUAUUGUUUUGAAUAACCAAUGUUGUGGUGUUCUUCUGUGUUCCAUAACUGUUCCAUAACAUUCUCGUUUUUCCAGACUGUUUGCUCUGUUCUCUCUGCUCGCUGUGGCUUCUGCUCAGUAUAUGUACUAUUACCCGACGAGCUACUACACGCCAAUGUACUACUAUUAUCCGACUGCCGCUGUGGGCACCGCCGGAGCCACCGGAGCCACGCAACAGACUCAGAAUGACGGAAGCGCUCAACAGCAGCAGCAGUACGCCCAGCAGGGAACUCAGCAGUAUGCUCAGGGAACUCAACAGUAUGCUCAGGGAACUCAGCAGUACACCGCCCAGCAACAAGGGACCCAACAGCAACAGUACCCACAGCAGCAGCAACAGACUCUUCAGUACCAGCAGGGAGCCCAGCAGCAGCCAGUGCAGUACGAUCAGAGCUCCCAGGGAACUCAGGGAACUCAGAAUGUGCAGUACGAUCAGUCGGGAACGACGUCAGGCGGAGCCACGACCGGAAACGUGGCCGCUCAGCCACUCUACUACUACUACACCUCGCCGUACUAUUACUAUUACGGAAGAAAGUAG